UCUUUAGAUCGUCAGAAAUGUCUCAAAGGAGGAGCACAAAUCAAAGAAGUGCUAAACUGAACAUCUUGGCUAACAAAAUGUACUUUUAACGUUUAUCUCUGUAAGAGUGUAUAAGCAAGUGGAGCAGUACUAGAUGACGUCCUGUGUGUCUGCAGCAGAUUUUCUGUAUGAGUAACUUUCUUAUAACCUUGUUGUCACCAUGUUGAAUCUGGAAGUGCUUACCGUAUUUAAACAAGAGUUCUUAGAAGCUUUAGAUGCCAUUAUAGUAUCUAAAACUAAGUAGCGCCAUACUUAAACAUUUUAAACUGUAAUACAAGAAGUCACCAACAUUUUAAUAUACUUUUAUGUCAUUACCAACUAUUAGUUCUGUUGUAUACUUCAGUUUAUGCUGCAAGUUUUGGGAAUUUUCUCCAAAUACUCGACUUUCUACUCAAACAACUAAUCCUUCAGUCUCUGUACUAGUUUUGUGUUUAUUGUACUUUUUAUUUUGUCACAAAGAAAGCCAUGCACAGAACCACCRCUGGUGGUUCUUUUCAAUAGUUCGAGAACCUCGGCCGAAAGCAAACUAUAAUAAAAUCUACACCUUAAAGGUUAGAAUUACCACUUUUUGCCGUUUGUUAUGUUAACGACACGUAUCAAUUUUGCAACAUUUUCAGUCGUGGUCCAGACGGACAAACCCACAGGAAUCUUCCUGCUGAUUGACGGAGGAGAUUACACUUUGAACCUCACCGAAGCACAAGCGGCGUGUUCGCUUCUGAAGGUCACCAUAGCAACUUUAGCUCAGCUGGAGGAAGCAGUACGGCACGGACUGGAGACAUGCAAGUAUGGCUGGGUGGCUGAGAAGACGGCGGUCAUCCCACGGAUAAAAUCUGACAACAACUGUGGAAAAGGAAACAAGGGGCUAGUCCAGUGGAAGGUGCCGCCUGACAGGAAAUUUGCAGUGUACUGCUUCAACGCUUCAGCGCUUACAGAUCAGAACCAAACCGUGGACCCGUCCACAGCCAGCCCACAGUCUCCCAGCUCCUCCACCUUACCGGAAGCCCUGGGCCCUGCCUCGUCAUCUGCUGCUCCUCCCUCCAGAUCAUCCACCCAGACUCCGCCUGCAGUGGGAAAGACAUCCACACCUCAGUCCACCGAGCAGGCGCCUUCAGCUACAGCCUCUGUUACCAAGACAACAGACUUGUCUUCGUCUUCCUCCCCUGUCAAACACCUGUCCUCACAUAUUCCCGUUUCUCCUCAUCGCCUCAUCACCUCCACGCCCGCUGGUGUCACUUUUAGCUUUCCAACCUCCACUCAGUCCCCAAGUUCCUCCGUUUCCUCUGAGCCUGGGCUGGAACCAUCCGUUGGCUCAACACGCCCCCUGCUGGACGCUGCUCACAUCAGCCUCAUCAGUCUGAGCAUCGUUCUCCUGCUUCUCAGCGCAGCGACGGCUUGGUGGUGUUACAAAUCGAAUGUUGUCCGCUGGUAUGUCCGGCACCACAAGGACGACUUAGAGACGGAGAUGUGGAGGAACUCCUACAGUGAGAUGGACCUACACAGUGARGACGGAGCAGCAGUAGAACACGAUGAAGAGCUGAGCACAAAGUACUGUGUGUGAAUACAGAGACGGAAACAGAGUCUGCAGAGUAGCUGAUGUUUCUGCUGCCUGGUUUAGUUUUUCACAGGCCUGGAUGAGGCACAACAGACUGUGAACCCAUCUGGAAAUCCCUGGACAACAGGAAAGAAGCUGUUUAUCACUGA